AUUUUCCUUUGCCUAAUCAGGCUAAUCACGCCAAAACUGCCUUCAAUACAAGUAGUUUGUAUUGAAGGCACUGAUUCUGAUUAUCCAAGUUUGUUAAUUCUCUAGGGUUGGUGGAGCCGUUUCUUCCCAGCAACUGUCAAACUGCGUGAGAUCCUAGCUGCUGGUCUUAUUGGCAAUGUAAAGGUUUUCAAUGCAUCGUUUGGCUUGCCAAUAAGUUCUCAGGAAAGAAUAGCAAAUAAAGAUGUUGGAGGCGGAGGUCUGUUGGACUUGGGCAUCUAUCCUGUGCAGGAAGCCCUCAUGGUAUUUGGAGAGGCUCCGUUAUCUUGCAAGACUACCGGCACCUUAACAGAUUCAGGUGUGGAUGAGACAACUGCUACUACAUUGUUGUUUCCCAACAAGGCUGUCGCAACACUGAGCACAAGCACUGUGGUGAAACUCCCCAAUGAAGUGGAGAUAAGAGGAACCAAAGGUCAUAUCAAGGUGCCUUGCCCGUUUUGGUGCCCUACAAAACUUGAGGUGACAACCUCCAUUGGAGAGGCUGAUCUGAAGACCGAGCUGUACGAGUUUCCCCUGCCAAAGGCUGACAAUAGCUUCCUCCACGUCAAUAGUGCUGGCUUCCGAUAUGAGGCAGAGUGUGUGCGACAGUGUCUUAUGAAAGGUCUGAAAGAGUGUCCAACUGCACGCCUAAAAGAGAGUUUGCAGGCGGCCGAGAUCCUGGGCAGUGCCCGGCGUGAUGUGGGCUAUAAAAUACCUGCAGAUGACCUUUGACCUCUAACUCUAAAGGUCAUACCCCCCUUCAUAACCCUAUACCUAGGAAGCAACAGCAAUCAAGUAAGCUAUAGUUUAGAACCAAUUCGCCAGACACAUCACCUCUGCACUUGUGCGCAAUAACAGUGAUGCACGAGCUCACCAGCAAGUGCAAAAAGUUGUGAUUUAACAGAGGUUCAACCUGAUAUGAUUUAUGUUGCUGAAUCAUGAUUGUUUCAAUUGAUAAAUAUCUUGAAAAAUUACCCCUUUUUGUUGCUUGAUGUAUGACUAAAUUUAAGAUGGAAUGUUCUGUUUUUGUUUGAAAAUUUAAAAAUGGCUCAACGUCAUCUUUUUUUUAUAGAAGAUAUUGUAUAACAUUUGACAGUUUGAAGGGGUAUUUUUGGAAAUUUUAUGACAAAAAAAUAUAUAUAUAUAUAAUAAUAGUAAUGAUAAUGAUGAUGAUGAUGAUAUAUUAAUUUAUAUAGCUCAAAUUCUAUAACAAAAAUAUAUUCAAAUGUGCUUUCCAUAAAAAUUCUUCAAAAUCCCCCAAAAUAAUAAAUUAAUUAAGCAAAAACAUUCUGAUCUUGUAAAAAAUAAAAAUGGGGGUGCUGUUCCAAAUUGACGAUUAUGUACACUAGUGGACAAUGUCUGGUGCUUUUCAGGGCGAUAAAUGCGUGAAAUUAAAAGCUUUAAAUUUAUAACUGAAUAAAAUUAAAUGUCAGCAUUAACACUGCAUAGACAAACCUAUACAGUUCAAAGUA